CCAACCUCGAGAUAAAUCGAUCAUAAUAUCCGCGAAUAUUCGUUGUGUCAAGUCAAAGAUCGGCCGCGGUUUGGUUGAGACGCAAGGACUGCCGAUCGUCCCGAUCUAACGUCAUGGGUGGAAAAUCGAGCAAGGGCGUCGACGACGUCGCGAUACCGGUAAUCGACGCCACCGCUUCGGGCAGUGAAAUAGUGGAGAGCGAGGACAAGUACGACGCUCAGGAGAUCAGCAACAUGCUGAACGAGCUCAGAACGCGUCCGGAAAGGUUCAUUUUGGACAAUCUGUUGAUGUGCGUGGUGUUCUUCAGGAACUUCGAGAGGGACCUCUACGACUUCUCCAACACCGUCGUGCCCAAGGAAGAGACCGACCUGAACGCCGAACUGGAGAAGGAGGUCAAGUCUUGCAUAAUGCCCGACACCCUCCUGGACAAGAUCCAGGAGAACGUCAGAUUCCGAGGUCCGGACCCAGAGGUUCGAGGCUUCGAGCGACUCGCCCAUCACACGGUCUACGUGGUCAACGAAAACAUCGAGGUGAAGGACGCCGUGGACCGGGGACUGUACACGAACAUAGACCUCCCCGGGUGUCGGGUAGAAAUCGAGGAGAAAGACGACGACCUGGUGAUCGCCGAAGGAGGAGGACAGACGACCUCCUACGUCCGGAAGAAGAACGAGCCGAGAUACGGUUUUCUUAAACUCAGAGUCAUAGAGAACAAAGCGUCCAAAAUGGACCCAGCACAAUUCGAAGAGAGGAGACUCAGCGUCGACUCUACGAGUACAAGCACCUCUGAAUCUUCCUCCUCCGCUGGCCCGGUGUUAGAGGAACAGAGCGACGAAUACUCCACCAUAACGGCCUUCAAGACACCCAGAAAUCUACACAUUGUCCGCAACUCCGAGUCCGAACGCAGGCGCGACACCCUGCCCGAAGCUUGCUUCGUCAAGCGUAAGAGAUGGAUAACGGCCGGUGAAGACGACAGUAGCAGCGACGACGAGGAUGAAGACGAGGACGAGGAGGAGCUAGAUAGCGAUGACGACGAUGACUACGAUGAGGAGGAGGAAGAGGAGCAGCAGCAGCGGAGGAACUCGCAACUGUACGAAGACGUGACAUACCUGAGCUCCAAGGGGUUCAUGCAGUACUUCCAGAACCGCAUCUUUCCAGAUUUAUCGGGGAAAAUCUUGGCAGGGGGGGACGUGGUGCUGGAGUCUGCGCAGGCUGUCCCCGGUUAUAUCUUGUGCGAUAAGAAGUUGCCUGGAGGCGAGAACGUGCCGUGCAGGGUGAUCCCAGCGGUGGCCAUCGAUUGGCCCGUUCAGGCCACUGAGUAUCUGUACAGGACGGAUAGAAGGACCAUUAUAGAUCAGAAGUACAGUGUGGUGUACAAGUGGCCUACCAAGGAUAUGGUCAAGGAGCUGGCGACGCUCAAAUGCGUGGCCAUACCUAAAGGUUUCGUGAUGAAGAAAGGCGAGAACGAGAACAGCGACAUCGAGUGGGAGAUCCACUUCCCCAAGGCCACUCGCUACCUGGAGGUGCGCAUGACGCACCCCCAGGUGCGCUGCUACGUCUUCCUCCUGGCCCUGUACAAGAGCUACGUGGAGAAGGUGACCACCGUCCACGGCCUCCUCAUAGAGCACAUACGCACCCACAUGUUCUGGGAGUGCGAGACGGACUCCCGGAACUGGCCUGAGCACCGUCUGGGACGCAAGCUGCUGAACGUGAUCGAAGAUCUGAACGACGGCCUGUCCAGGAGCAAGAUCCGCGAUUACUUCAUCAGGAAGAAGAACGGCUUCGAGGACAUACCCAGCAAGUACCUGCAGUUCGCGCAGAAGACCUUCCACGAGGUGCUGCAGUUCCCUGUGGCGCACAUCAUCAGCGCGCUGAAGAACCUGAGAUACGUGCAUUCAGACUUCUACCCAUCGCCAGAUCUGGAUAAGCUCCAGAGGAUCCUGCAAGCCGACAAGAGGGCUGCCAACCCGCGUAGACAACGACGCUCCGGCAUCGAGACGCAGAACAAGAGGACGUCACUGUAUCCGAUAGGAUUAUCGAGACCGGCCACCACCAAAAAGAAAAAAAUCAAAGAUGAAAAACUGAAAAAGAAGAGGGAGAAGAAAAACAGGAUGGCGGUGUUGGAUCAGCACAGGCAGAUGGAGGAGAAAGAGAAGGAGAAGAACGCAGAAGUUGUUGACGAUCUGAAGGUGUCCUACUCAAAUAUAAGCGUCAUGACCCAAACCAACGUCCUCGAAUUCUUCAUAAACCAGUUCAUGGAGAUGGCGAAGAAGAGCAAGAAGAUAGGGCCGAAGAGCCAGACCAUCAUGUUCUUGAAGCAGGCCUGGUACAACACCAAGGUGCUAGAAGCCAUCACCUACCCUUGCGAAUACACAAUCAAAGUUCUGAAAACGAUCGAAAAAGAGAGGGUGCACUUGGAGAGGGACAGCAGCCAGGACAUCCAGACCAUAGCGCCCCCUACUCCGAUGAGAAACCCCGAACAGAACUGUUUUGACUUUUCGGAGAAAACGACAAACCUCAAGCUGAAGCCAUCGUUCAAAAGUGGCGCGCAGAAAAACAGACGGGUAUUGAGGAGGCCAAAGAGUGUUGGUUUCGACGAAACCGUGAAAGCUGAAUGAGCUCAAUAAAUUGAUGAAAUUUUUGGUCUUUUAUUACGACAGGUUAUACUGUAGGUAGAGAGAAGUGAAGAUGAGCGUUUGCUUUACUUUUCUCAUAUGCGGAUGUGUGUGGUUUCUGUUAUGUGUGUUUUACGCCAAGAGGAAUUAGAGUUCUCUGUUAGUUAUAAGUGUUGUUUUUAAUAAAAUUCGGAUAUAAA